AUGCAGCAGGACCCAGCACAACAGGCCACGCCAUUUGGCGUCGUGGUGCCCGGCAAGCCGGUCAUCACCACCGCACAGGCCAUCAGCCCUGGCCGAUGGACCGUCCUCAUCCCUGACGCUCAGGCCAUACGCCAGUUGACUGUGUUCCUCACUCAACCCAUCCAAGACCCGUCGUUCGGACUGACGGUGUACAUCAGCCCGCCGCCCUACCAGGAGUGGCUCUAUCUGGGCGCCGUCUCCAACAACCUCCCCUCCAACAUUCUCCAACCCUUCCAGGCCCAGCUCGGGAUUAUGUUGGAGCCGUCGUCAGAGAUCGUGAAGAAGGUGAGCCCGGUGCCGCCACAGGAAGAGGAGUACCGGCUGUUCGCCAAGUUCAUCGCCGACGACCUGUUCCGAUUCAUGGAGAGCUUCAACAAGCAGACCGACACGCGGAACGAACUGCUGCUCAUCCCGACCAAGGUGCUCGACAUGUGGUACGAGAAGUUCAACACCAAGUUCAAGCACGACCCCUUCUUCUGGACGAGGAAGGACAAGUCCUAG